AUGAUUAUCGCAGAGCCAGUUAUCGUUUCCUUGGAGCAACUUUCUUUAGGGGUGGAAGAUCAGAUCUUGGAAAAUGCAUUUGGACCUGAUUCUUUAGGGAUAAUAGUAGUGGAAGGCUUAUCUGGAAAAUUUCUGGAAUUACGAGAGAGGGUGCUCUCAUCUGCCUCUGUACUUGCAAAUUUACCAUCAGAUCAACUUGAGAAAUUAGAGUCCGAAGAAUCUACUUGGCUAACUGGGUGGUCCAGGGGGAAGGAAAAGUUAGCAAAUUCUGGUCUUCCUGAUAAUUUAAAAGGGUCCUUCUAUGUAAACUGUGCUUUUCAUAAAGACGACACAUUAGAAGGACCCACGAAGGAGUUAGUCUCAAAAUUUGAUGAUAAUUUCAAAGCGUACACCACUCCUAAUUUAUGGCCGGCUGAAAGAGAAAUAUCUGAACUAAAAGACUUCCAAGCUGAUCUCAAAAAACUAUGUAGUUUUAUAAUCGAUGUAGCACAGUUAGUCGCCUCAAAUUGUGAUAAGUAUAUAGGCCAGAAGGUAGACGGGUACGAAAAGAAUUACUUGGAAAGAGUAGUAAGAGACUCAACAUGCACCAAGGCGAGAUUGCUUCAUUAUUAUCCCACCGAAGGUGAAAUCGUAGAAAGCGGUAGUGACUCGUGGUGUGGAGAACAUCUAGAUCAUUCUUGUUUAACAGGUUUGACAUCUGCUAUAUUCAUAGAUGAGUCCAAGGGUUUGACUCACAAACUCGAGCAAUCUCCCGACAAAGAAGCAGGUUUAUAUAUUCGUAAUAGAAACGCACAGAUCGUUAAAGUAAAUAUCCCAAAACACUGCUUAGCAUUCCAAUCUGGAUCUACAUUGCAAGAGGUUUCCAAUGGUUCCUUUAAAGCUGUGUCGCAUUUCGUAAAGGGCACUAAUAUGAACCAUAUCGCAAGAAAUACUCUAGCUGUAUUUUGCCAACCAGAUCUUGACGAAAUGGUUAAUGCAAAAGAAAAUUUUGGAGAGUAUGCAAAUAGGAUACUAGGAGGGAAUCAUUAA